AUGUCAUUAGGUACGGGUAUCGAAGUCAACCUCGGAGCAGCUCAGUGUUUUGGCCAAAAGUCCAAGAACACUGACGAGUACUCCGACAGCUAUGCCGGCUGUUGCGUUGUGCUUAGACCUGAUGACAACGGGGCAGCUGAGGGUAUCGUGGCAGACGUUGUGGCCGACGCCGAGGUAGUCGGAGGAGAAGAUGUCGUGGUUGCGGUGGUGGAUGUUGAUGAUGACGAUGACGAGGUCGAGGAGCUAGCCGACGCAGUGAUGGUUGACAAGCCGCCGGAAGUCCAAGUCACUGGGUUCUGGGUUACAAUUUUAGCUACUGAAAAGACGGCAGAAAGGUAUUGCACGUCGCUGCAAAAAUCGUUCUCCCAGGAUACAUCGACGCCCUCGAGCUAG